AUGAAUACCCUCCUGAAGACCAUUGCUGUUUGCACUCUGAUCCUCGGCGCAACCGCUCAAUCCCCUACAGAAUGUUCUCCGGCAUCCCUCCCAACAUUCUGCCCAGCAGUCUACAACAGCUGUUGUAAAUACCUCUGCUCCGGCGGCGGCCAACCCGCCUGUUGGGACCGAAAUAUCACAGACACAGAAAAGAGCCCCGCUGGUGUCAGAGGCGUAACCUGUGACCUAUGUCCUACAGGACUAGCCUACAUCCCGCUUGAUAGCACCAGUAGCGAAGAACCCCCAGCCGCGGCAACAACUACAGAACAAGUUCGGGAAGUAACUACGAAGGGAUCUACUCCGGUUUAUACACCAGGAGCACCGGAGGGUACGGGGAACUCGACAACUACCAUUUCGGAACCGGCGCCUACGGGUAAUGUUUCUGAGCCGUCGAGGCCGGAUCCGACGUAUAUUUCUGGAGCGUCGUCGGUUUUGGCAAUGAGUGGGACUGCUAUUCUGGGGGUUUUCUGCUUUAUGAUGGUAUUGUAG